AUUUUCGUAAGAAUAGACAACCGACUUUUCUCUCUUGUUUUGUGGUUUUUUGUUAUUCUACUGUUGUGUUGAUUUUAUUCUUAUUCCCUGAUGAAUCGAGUCAGAAAAUUGGUCAAAAGUGUUUUUGACACACUAAUCAAACGACCGAUUCAGAACUAUAAUGUUGAAGAACGAGCUUACAAAGCGAUCUCAGUGACUAAACGAGAAGCGGCUCCUAAACACUUGACAACACAAGAGAAAAUUUUCAAAUAUAUUGAAGAACACCCUGAGUUAAGAAACUUGACCGCCGAGAAGCCGAAAAGUCUGCUUGAAUGGCUAAAGAAGAUUCGAGUUACAUCUUAUGGUUCGCCUGACACAAACUUGAUCAAAACGGAUAAAUCGAAAUUACCAGUGAAAAGAGAGACUUUCGCAUUGCCUCAUAUGUUUGGCGAAAUCGAACCGAAAGUUAUUCCCAAAGGUAGAAUUUCAUUAACCCGAACAACCAAUCUUGUCAUGGAAUAUGCAUCAUCCAAAGUGCCCCCAAGUGCUUCCGAAAUCGCCGAAAAGUAUGACCUCCAGGAACAAGAUGCUGCUAAUUUAGUUCGACAUUUUAAAGCUUUCGAAUUGUAUCAACCUGCCUCAGAGACAGGGGACUACACUGGUUUACCUCCUUGGAAUAAAUCAGCGAAAAUGGAUUCGAUAGCGAUGAUCAACAGUUCAACUCCAAUCGAAGAGGAGCUGAAAAAGUUAGAGACAGAGAAAAAAGAAAAGGCCAAACAAAUUGAUUCGGCUUAAGUGUAAAUUACAAAGUAGAUGAAUUAUAUAAAUUGUCGUAAAUAAGAAUAAGAACCGAUUGAGGUGUAAAUAAAAAGGUUACAGAAAAUUAA